AUGGAGAUGCCACUGGUGGUUCACCGCCACACAACAUUGACGACCCCGAUGCCCUGGCAGGAUUUCGAGCCCAUUGGUUUCCACCCCGACGGUCUUCUACGGGGUGUGACAAGCAGUCUGGGAAGCCAUUCGCCAACGGGGACAUUUCCGGAGGUUCUUUCGCUUGGCGGCAGCAGCGGUAAUGGCUGGACAAUCAGACAUCUUCACACCUUCCAUCACCUCCCGUGCACGCAUUCGAGGGAGAGAGAGGGUCUCAUCACAAUGUCCACAUCAACUUGUGCCGCCCAUCGCCAAAGAUCGUACCAGAGUCUUUUUGCGACUCAUCCAUCUUCAUCCCGCCUUGUCACGGAAAAUCAGUCUCGCUGCGUUCCCACACCUCCCAUCACCUCCUCUCGUGCAAUGGCAGAUCUAUAG